AUGGACGGCAAUAAUAAUCGCCUCUACCUCAACAUCGGGAACAACGACCGCUUGGCUUCUGGCAACGACCGACAGUAUCCAACCACCCCCUCCACCUUUCCUCAGCCCGUUUUCCCUCAUCAGGGUCAGCAGCAUCACCAGCAGGCCGGCAUGCAGCAACAGCAGCAGCAACAGCAGCAGCCGUACGCCGCUGGGUACGCCUCCUCUGGCUACUUCAACCCCAACCAACAGCAGGGCCAAUACCCUCCCCAGGGCCAUGGAGACUAUAACAAUGCCGCCUACCAGCCUCGUUCCAACACGCCCGGCACCAACGACCCCAACGUCGGCCUCGCUCACCAAUUCUCCCACCAGAACCUAGGCGGCGCUGCCCGCGCAUCACCAUACGGCUCCCGCGGCCCCUCCCCCGCUCAGCGACCUCGCACCGCCGGCACUUCAGGACAGCCGUCCUCGGGCUACGGUCACUAUGCGACGCCCCCGAUGCCCAACCAGUCGGCCCCCGCUGAUAUCUUUGGCCCGCCCCCCGAGCGCCUCUACGAGAAGUACGGCCCCAACGCCAAUAACAACCAGAAGAAAUGUACCCAAUUGGCCUCCGACUUCUUCAAGGACAGCGUCAAGCGCGCGAGAGAGCGCAACCAGAGACAAAGCGAGAUGGAGGUCAAACUCUCCGAGUCCGGCCAGAGCCAGCAGAGACGCGAGCAGAUCUGGUCCACGGCCGGCCGCAAGGAGGGUCAGUACCUGCGAUUCCUGCGAACCAAGGACAAGCCCGAGAACUACAACACCAUCAAGAUCAUCGGCAAGGGUGCUUUCGGCGAGGUCAAGCUGGUGCAGAAGAAGAACGACGGCAAGGUCUACGCCAUGAAGUCCCUGAUCAAGACCGAGAUGUUCAAGAAGGACCAGCUAGCCCACGUCCGUUCCGAGAGAGAUAUCCUGGCCGAGUCCGACAGUCCCUGGGUCGUCAAGCUCUACACCACUUUCCAGGACUCGUACUUCCUCUACAUGUUGAUGGAGUUCCUGCCCGGAGGUGACUUGAUGACCAUGCUUAUCAAGUACGAAAUCUUCUCCGAGGACAUUACGCGGUUUUAUAUUGCCGAAAUCGUCCUUGCCAUUGAGGCCGUCCACAAGCUGGGCUUCAUCCAUCGCGACAUCAAACCCGACAACAUCCUGCUGGACCGCGGAGGUCACGUCAAGCUGACCGAUUUCGGCCUGUCGACUGGUUUCAACCGUCUACACGACAACAACUACUACCAACAACUGCUGCAGGGUCGGUCGAACAAGCCGCGCGACCGUAACUCCGUCGCCAUUGACCAGAUCAACCUCACUGUCAGCAACCGAUCCCAGAUCAACGAUUGGCGUCGGUCGAGGAGACUGAUGGCGUACUCAACCGUCGGAACGCCCGACUACAUUGCCCCCGAGAUCUUUACGGGGCACGGCUACACGUUCGACUGCGAUUGGUGGUCACUGGGCACCAUCAUGUUCGAGUGCUUGGUCGGAUGGCCUCCUUUCUGUGCCGAGGACAGCCACGACACGUACCGCAAGAUUGUCAACUGGAGACAGACGUUGUACUUCCCCGACGACAUCCAGCUCGGUGUGGAGGCCGAGAACCUCAUCCGAAGCUUGAUCUGCAACACAGAGAACCGUCUGGGCCGCGGCGGCGCGCACGAAAUCAAACAGCACUCGUUCUUUAGGGGAGUCGAGUUUGACAGCCUGCGUCGCAUCAGGGCACCCUUCGAGCCUCGCCUCACUUCGGCCAUCGAUACCACCUACUUCCCCACCGACGAGAUUGACCAGACCGAUAACGCCACCAUCCUCAAGGCGCAAGCCGUCCAGCAAGCCCGCUCGGGUGUGCCUGCAGUGGUCGAGGAGUCUCCCGAGAUGAGUCUGCCCUUUAUUGGCUACACGUUCAAGCGUUUCGACAACAACUUCCGAUAA